AUGCCAUCGGUUGUGAGUACCAUGUCCUCGCUUUAUAGCAUCAGCGAGGGCUCUACGUUUGGUGUUGAGCGCGAAGACAACCCUCCCACCGUUCCCCGACGAAGGGCUAGCGGAAGCCAGUCCAUUGGAACCUCAGAAGCAAGCAAUAAUAAUCAGCUGCAAGCAAGGGAAAGAAUCAACGAAGAUGACACUGAUAUUACAGGGGGAAAUCCAAAACGAAGCUCGAGGACACGUGACAAUAAUAUUAGAAACAUUUCUAGAUCCAGUCAUAGAAGCGGGAGGAAACGAAGGUCUCAUUCAAACAGAGGUGACGAUAGGACUGAAUCAGAAGUUGAAAAUCAAAGAGAAAGCGGCAAAAGGAAACAACGAUCAAGAAGGUCCCAAUCUUCAUUUCUAGGAGAACCAAAAGACGAAAUGAAUGGCCGGGAAGAAACCAACCAAGAAAAAACUUCGAGAGACAUACCAGGAAGACCAACUUCAAACCGAAGUAGUUCAUUAUCAUCCCAUCGACCAUCAAAGACCAGCGGAGCAACCAAGGAAGAUCAAACCAUUGCUUUUGACGAAAGGCCAAAAGAAGAGAGUGUGGAAGAAGGGCCAAGAAGAAAAAUGAGUUCCAGGCGAUCGUCUUCCUCAUCAUCUCGCAGAGACUCUUCCCACCGCAAUAAUGAUGACGAGUCAUCCAAGGACACGGUAGUGGGCGAGAGACGCCAUCGUUCUUCUACUUCGUCCGGGCAGCAUCGCCGACGCCACUCCCACCAAUCAUCGCAUCCAUCGUCGCGCCGGUCAUUGUCGUCAUCAAGACGACCAUCUUCCGUAUCUUCGUCAUCCGAUUGGACAAGCUCCUCGAGAAGCCGUGAUAGUGGUGCCCAGCGCGAACAAUGCGGUAGAUCGAGCAGUGAUAAAGAUGUAGCCGAAGAAGACUUAGAGGUUGAGACACCAGGUGCCUAUCGAAUCAGCACUCAUUCCACUACUCGGAUGAUGUCCAGCACGCAUUCCACUCCCUGGGCGCUAUCAAUGAGUUCGUCAGUAUCGAGCAGUGAACACUCAUUUGCGAUGGACGAAGGAGAAGCUCUUACGGCCUCCACUCGCUCCGAGUCCUAUAGUCGUGGCGGAUCUCUUUCUUUAUCCACCCGAAGCGCCAUGGUGAGAGCGGAAGCGGCACCGGACUUGACCGAAGAAAUUGCCACAGCCAGAGAUCAGGGCCGCACGGAGGCGUUUGCGGAAUAUGCGAGUCGUGAAUCUUCCAUUGUUGUGGUAGGAGUCCCACAAACAAGAAAAUCAAAAGCCGGAAAUGAUGCGAGGAAUGGCAAAAAGAGGAGAGCACUCAUUGGAUAUACAUUUUGUUGUUGCUUGCUUGUGCUCGUUAGUGGUAUAAUCGGAUAUUUCACAAUGAUUGGUGGCGAAGAGAAUGAUGGAUUACUUCCCGUUACUCCUGAUCAGAGUGGCGAAGAUUCAGAACUGCUCGCAGAUAUUAGGUUUGAUCCGCCAACGGCAGACGAUUGUGCUUCAGUUGCAAAUGGUACGGAAGUGACUGGUCAAGCUGAUAUGAUCACGAAGUUUAUCGACAUGCACGUUGAGCUUACCACGGACAGUGAGAGAGACGCUAGCUUUCUUGUUACACUGUUAAAGCAACAGAUCCAACUAUCACUCAUGCCCUUACUGAUUGGGUGUGACGAAUGUGCUGGAAACAUUAUCGGAAACGGCGUGGUUGAUUCUGUCAGCAACCAGACGGCCCCUUGUUUCUUCCGAGGGAACCCGAAUUGUGUGGAGGUUGUGUUGACAAUCAAGAUUUAUCUUCGGCGCAACUUGGAUGGUAGUGUUGCUGUGGAGAUAAUGAAUGAUCUUCUUUUGGGCAAAGAUUUGAAGAAGAGCCUUGAACUCUCGCCAAGUGUUGAGACUGCCAGCGUUUCGCUGAUUGUUCCUUCGACUAACUCCAUCAGCAACACAAGUGAAACUCCAACAUGGAGUCCAAGCAUGAGUGCUCCAAACAACACCUUCGGACCUCCUUCGCCAAUGCCUGGCAGCUCUGGACCCACAGUCGAACCUAUCACUACUACAAGUAACCCAGCACCAACGCCAACGCCAACAAUACGGGAAACACUGGACCCAAUAUCCACGCCAGUGUCUGUUCCGACAUCAAACCCAGUACUGGAUUAUCAAUCUGAUAUCACUCUUCAGCCUGCCCCUGUCAGAACUCCUCAGCCGACGCCUAGCCCAUCGCUCCAAGAAACGGCUAGACCCACAAGCAAUCCAACAGGUAGACCAACACCAGGGCCGACAGUUAUGCCCAUUCAAGGGUCUACACCUUUGCCGACAGGCAUGAUCACGCCCAGUCCCACAGCUAGUCCAACACCCGUGCCGACGGCUGAUCCAACACAGUUACCUUCAAAGCUACCGUCAGAUAUUCCAACAAUCAUGCCCUCUCGUAUUCCAACUGAAAAUCCAUCCUUCACACCAAGUUUGACCCCAAGCAAUGGUCCAAGUCUCGAUCCAUCUACAAAACCGACAUUGGUGCCUUCCAUUCCACCUUCUGUGUGCACAAGUGACACGAAGAUUGUCCCGCUCUUUGAUGAAGGAGACGGCGCUUACAAUCAAGUUAGCCCAGGUGAAGUCAGUACAGAAGUGCAGAGGUUCUCAUGUCGAGCUGCUGCAACUACGGAUAUUGGCAUCGUCAGUUUUGCCGAGCCUGGGUGCACAGCGGAGUGCCUUUUCACAAUACCCUUCUCAAGCUUUGAAUCAUACUGCAACAGCAAUCCAGCAGGAGGCUUCUCUUUUUCAAUUCCUGGUCCUUUUACCGAUGAUUCAAAGUUGUUUAUAGGAACCGUUGCAGACGACUUCGAAUUGACGUGUGGAGGGCAGCUAUCGAUAACUUACUUUGACUCCAGUGCAAUUGGCUGUUUUGCUGAUGCUCAGCAGCGAGCCAUGGUUGGGACCGAAAGACUAACAUCGAGUACAAUGACCGUGCAACAAUGUCUCCAGAGAUGUUUUGAAGCCGGUUUCAGUUAUGCUGGACUGGAGGGGCGACGCGAUUGCUUUUGCGACAAUGAUUACAUGCUUUAUGGAAAGAUUGAAGAUUCAAGGUGCAAUAGAAAUUGUGUUGCUGAUGGAAUGCCAUGUGGUGGCGACUGGGCCAUGUCUGUGUAUCCGACUGGAAUUGAUGGUCAUGACGGCGAUUAUACGCCUGUCCCUUCUGUGGCUCCACUUGGAGUACUUGGUUGCUGGCAAGAAGAUCCUGCGAUGAUUGUGACAUCUUUGAAUCCGGUUUGGAUGGGGCGUUGCAUCGAUCAUUGCACUUCUCUAGGAAAGACGUAUGCAGGACUGCAUAAUAAAAACAAAUGCUACUGCGGUGAUGGUUACCAAGCAGCUGGUACAGCUGUCACUUGCGAUAAAGAUUGUGGUGGACCGUGUGGAGGCACAGAUUCCUGGAGCAUCUAUGCUACAUGA